AAACACAUCUUUAAGGACAAGAUUGUUUUAGACGUGGGCAGCGGAACGGGAAUCCUCUCCAUGUUCGCAGCCAAGGCCGGUGCCAAACACGUGUAUGGGAUCGAAUGCUCCAGUAUAUCAGAGUAUUCUGAGAAAAUCAUCAAAUCAAAUCACUUAGACAACGUUAUUACCAUCAUUAAAGGAAAGGUGGAGGAGACCGAACUGCCAGUGGAUAAGGUGGACAUCAUCAUUUCAGAAUGGAUGGGCUACUGUCUCUUCUACGAGUCUAUGCUGAACACAGUCAUCUACGCCAGGGACAAAUGGCUGAAACCUGGAGGCUAUAUGUUUCCAGACAGAGCAACAUUAUAUGACGUCGCCAUUGAGGAUCGGCAAUACAAAGACUUCAAAAUCCACUGGUGGGAGAACGUCUACGGUUUUGAUAUGACGUCCAUUCGGAACGUGGCGAUGAUGGAACCACUGGUGGAUAUAGUGGAUCCCAAACAAGUCGUGACCAACUCCUGCCUUAUAAAGGAAGUGGAUAUCUACACUGUAAAGCCUGAAGAUCUCACAUUCACCUCAGCCUUCUGCCUACAGAUUCAGAGGAACGAUUAUGUUCACGCCCUCGUCACAUACUUUAACAUCGAGUUUACGAAGUGCCACAAGAAGACCGGAUUUUCAACAGCUCCGGAUGCUCCCAACACUCACUGGAAACAGACAGUAUUUUAUCUGGAGGAUUACUUAACCGUGAGGAGAGGGGAGGAAAUCCUGGGCAGCAUCACUGUAAAGCCCAACGAAAAUAAUGAGCGUGACUUGGAUUUCACCUUCGAGCUAGAUUUUAAAGGGCAGCUCUGCGACGCAGCCAUCUCCCACGACUACAAAAUGCGGUAAAGGCCGAGCUGUGAUCCUGUGUCGGGGCA